AUGUUACAGAGGGAUAAUCAGUUACUAGAAAAUGUUGUUACAUCACAGUACAGGGAGCAUCUAGCAGAAACUGGGCGACUGAAGCUGAGUGUUCUUUCUCGAACUACUAAUCAAUUUUGUGUUGCAACGGUGGAAGAUAAUGCAAUGAUGAUGCGAUCAGUAACCGCACUAAGCAGCAAAGGUGUCCAUUUUGGUAAAGACCAACUUUUAAGCAAAAAUGGUGCACCAUUUACCUGA